GUCAAGUUUUGAAGUCACAGCUUUGCUCCUUUGACAUUACCACCAUGAAGACCGCGCUUCCCCUCCUCCUCCUGACGUGCCUGGUUGCAGCUGUACAGAGUACUGGCAGUCAGGGGUGUCCUACGUACGUGAGUGAGAAGUGCACUGCCCGACUCCAAGAGUGCAGCAAUAACCAACAGCAGGAGCCCCUCCAGAACUGCACGGCCGUGCAUGCAGAUUGUGUGGUGCAGGCCACUGAUGACUGUCAGCGGGAACAGAGCCAGCUCAACCACGACCACCUGAAUAAUCAUACCACUACACAGCAGCCGUGAGUGGUCAUUGUUUGACCCGGGGUGAGGGGGGGGUGGGUGAGGGGCACUGGCGUGACGUGGAUGUGACUCGCACGGGCGAGGAUGGACAGAAAAACAACAAGGAGAAGUAACAGAUGUAAUAGAAGCAGAGAGAAACACAGAAAUGGAGAGAGAGAGAGAGAGAGGGGGGGGACAGAGAGAGAGAGAGAGAGAGAGAGAGAGAGAGAGAGAGAGAGAGGGAGAGAGAGAGAGGGGGGGUAUACAUAAACAUGAAAUUUAUGUGUUCCUUAUGAAAUUAUGUUCUUUUACCGGAAAACCAAAAGGCAAAAGAAACAGAGAUAGACUAAGUUUACUUAGAUCUAGAUGAAUAGAUGGAUGACGCGGAAAGAUCAGCAUACAACCCACUGACAUUUGAAAAUUAUCUGUCUGUCGUUCUGUCUGUCUGUCUGUCUGUCUGUCUGUCUGUCUGUCUGUCUGUCUGUCUGUCUGUCAGUCUGUCUGUCUGUCUGUCUGUCUGUAUCUCUCUUUAUAUAUCUCUCUCUGUAUUCUGUGCUUUUCUAAAUGUAAGCGCAUUUCUUUCGAUCAGCCAUGUUGAUCCAAUUGAGGAAACUCAAAGACCUGAACAUCACUGUAAGAGACUUGUCUUUUCGUGGAAAAUAAAUUGUUUACAAAAACAAGCAA